GAUUCGGAGCUCUGCAUCUCGCUCGGGCUGAGUCUGCAGUAUCUCCGGGUAUCGGUGGUCUGCUGGUUGGCGGCGAUGUGCCAUCACCUGUACGCCACCGUGGCGUCGCUGCCGCGUCGCGACGAUCCGCCGACGUACAUGAAGUACAGCCUGUUCGCCUGGGGCGCGCCGUUGAUCAGCCUCGCAUUGGCGAUUCUCUUGCAGAGUCGCGAGAGCCACGAUCUCUGGAACGUCGUUGAUCUCACUCCCUUCAACUGUUGGUACACAUGCAGCAUGCAACUCGAGAUAAAGCAGCGGGAGAAGAUGAAGAGGCGGCGGGCGUUGCAGCUGACGCUCUUCCUGAAGGUCAGCCUGAUCGUCGGCCUGGUGGCCGGCUGCGGGGUGGUGUCCAGGGUCUGGAAAAUUGGCUUCCUAUGGGCGGUUUUCUGCACGGGCCAUUCCCUCCAG